CGAGCGAACUCACCUUCCUCCCCUCCUCCCCCUCGUCCCGCGGGGAAGUGGUACGGCCCGGGGAAGGGCCGCGGCGGUUGGAGCGGCGCGUGGCGGCACGAGUCCCGCCGAGGUAACGGGCCGCCUCGAGCCGCUUCCCAUGGUGGCGGAGAGGGGAAGGUUCCUGCAGGAGAAUGAUUAUCCCAGUCAGAUGCUUCACCUGUGGCAAAAUAGUUGGAAAUAAGUGGGAGGCAUAUCUUGGACUGUUGCAAGCAGAAUAUACAGAAGGGGAUGCCCUUGAUGCCCUGGGCUUAAAGAGAUACUGCUGCCGCAGAAUGCUGCUGGCCCAUGUGGAUCUAAUCGAGAAGCUCUUGAAUUAUGCCCCUCUGGAGAAAUGAACAGCAAGUAGUAGUUGGACCCAAAAUGGACCAGAGCUUCACCAGCAAGCCUGAAAUGGGACUAUGGGGGUUAAAGAUAUACAAGCCACCUGUAUACCAGCCAGGGAGGGAUUUCACUUUCUGGCCACGGUUCUGCCCCAGUCACUAACCUCUUCCAAGGAAACCAGUGAAAGAUGAAAUCCCAUUAGUCAAGAACUGGAGUUUAAUUAAAGUCUGAAUGGCAGUUGUUUACAGUAAUCCCAGAGGGUCAAGCAGGCAGCUUCUAGAAGUUGUUUUCUGUACUUUUAAUACUUUUCCUGGCAAUAAGCUUCUGAAUAAAUUUUGUUAUAAAAAAUAA